AGUUGGUGAAGCAGUGAAGAAGGUCGGACGUGUUUCUUGUUUAGCGGUCGUAAGAUACCGGUAAGGAGCAUUUGUGCCUCAGCCUUCUUUGUUGUCUGAUGUUCCAAAAUCACACGUACCAGGGCCUGCUACGAAUUACCUGUGGAUAAGUUGAAAUGCUGAAUGAUGAUGGAAGUUGAUCAACCAACCACGGCUGCUGCAGAAAAGGAAAUUGAACCCGGUUCCGCUGAAGUUCCACCAGCGGCUUCUGGAUGCAAAGAAGAUGAAGUAGUGGUCAAAGAAAAUGAGGAAGUAGAAGCACUUGUUAUUACUGAUAGCGAGGAUGAAGAGCAGCUGCCCAAGGAGAACGGUACAGAUAAAACUAAACCGGCUAACACCGCAGAACCGGUUGACAAAGAAUGUUACAAAAGUUUGCCCACUUCCGAUAUAUCAGGCAUAGUUCCUCUACGCUUAUCGAUCGAUAAGGAGGUUGAACGGAACAACGAUGACAAACAGGAUAUAAAGAAUGUAGAGGACAACGAACCCGUGCAGACCGUUGCGGUCGAGGAAGCUACUACUGAACAACCACGAAAGCCCGCUGAGAUAACGAAUAUCGAUCUUACUGAGCUUUCCAGCGCUGAAGAAUCAUUUACCAGUGAUCCGGGGGUAGUACUUCCCAGUGAACCGGACGAAGUACCACCAAAACCACCGAUCAAAAUGAAGGUGGUAAAGGAAAAGAAGAAGGAACUGAGCCAUGCCGAAAUGACAGCCGAGCAACUGUUGAAAUCGCUCAUGGGAGGAUACCUCGAAGAAACCUCCGAGCCUGAAAAUGAUACUACUGUCGAAAAGAGCGAUAUGAUUAAAUUUAAAGAUGACACAACUAGUGAACAGUGCAAAGACAGUGUCCUACCAGCGGAAACCGAGUGCGUGAAGAACGACGACGUUGCGAGUAAGCCGGAUGAAAGCCAAAAAGAAGUGUCUAAUGAAGUGUCUGCUUGCGAAGUUGAUACACCGGCAAGUACUAGUGAAGAUACGACACAAACAGGAGCAGUUGAUCAUGACAAGAUCGGUGGAAUCGGUGCUGAUAGCGUUACCUCACCGGAAUGUGAAGAACCUAAAUCUCUGAUCGCAGCUAAUGAAGGCUCUAGUGAUAAGGCUGAACUCAGCGUUGGACCUGAAUCUACACAAGAAAAAUGUUUUCUUGAAGAGUUACCAGAAUGUGAGGCCAAAUCGGCGCUGCCAGAGACUAGUACUCAGUCCAGUUCAAAGGCCACUGCCGAGGAACAAAACGAACCAAUACUUUUGGAUGACUUCGAGAACGACUAUUGCUUAGGACAGGAGGAAGAUGAGGUUGAGGAGCAAGGAUCAGCUAGCCUGAACACCGAUGCGGAAGAAUCGGGCGAACCACCACGAAAAAAGGCACGACCAUCGACGUUACUGCCAGACGAGGAUCUUACCGUCGUCUUAUCGGAACCUCAGAGUAUAGAGUUGCAACCAAAGGAGAGCACUGACGAGCCUUCUAAGGGUAUAAGCCUAGUCGAUACAAAACCGUCAUCGGAGGAAAUCGAUUCAAAUGCAGUAGCAGAACCGAUGAAUGAUAAUGAAGAAGAACCUGUUAAAGCGACGAAUGAAAGCCGUCAAACCGACGAAGCGCUUAGCACUGCAGAAGACAAGCAACACAUUGUUGAAUCUGAACGCACAAGCCCUACUCGGGACGCAAAUGAGGUAAUCGAUCGUCGACCACCGAGUGUAUCAGAUGUUUUAAUAAUCGAUGACGACGAUGAUGAGGGAGAUAUGCCAGAGGUGGCUGCUGCCUCCCCGUUGGCAACUGAUUCUGAGAAAUCGGUAUCAGUCCCUGCAAAACGUUCAUCUCAAUCGGAAAACGACACCGGAACUACGAAUGAUGUGGAGCAUGAUGCUGGGAAAACAUCGAAAAAGCCAAAGUUGGUUGAGCCCCUUAUGAAGGACGUUACCGACGAUAUGACGAAAGGUUCUGAAACGGCUACAACUGAAACGAAGAACGACAUUAAAGCAGUAGUACAAGAAACGGAACGGCAGAAGACUCAGGUUGAGAUGAAGUUUUUGGAAAAAUUAGGCAAACCGCUUCAAACCAUGACUCGAAAGGACCUGGAAGAGCUGGUACUACAGAAGGUAGCUGAAACGAUGAUAAACAAGAAGGAGAUGGCCGGAUUGCGGAAGGCGGUAGAACAGCAGAAUGUGCUGAUGAACUGGUUCCGUGAGCAAACGUAUGAGCUGACCAGAAGACUCAACGAUCAGCGUCUUAUCCAUCGUCGGCUUAUACAAGAUAUGGCCAUUCCGGCCAAUAGGACUGUGAUGCCCGUGCGUAUAACACGAAACGUUGGAUUGCAGGUUUCUCUGCAAAGGGAUUGUACUUGCACCUAUGCUUGGGAUCAAAUGGCGCUAGAAGAAAGCACUUGUUCUAGCGAGAGGGCAGCACUUGUACCAUGCAAGGAGAGCUCUUCACAAACGGUUGAACCGCGGCUACCGGCGGAGAAACCGAUCGAUAUCAGGACGCUCAGCACAAUCGGGCAGCAACAGAUGAAGGCGUGUGAAAUCGUAGCACCCCUACACCGAUCACCAGUAACACCGCAGCCCGUUGCGAACGUUAUUCGUACAGGGCAAACGACAAAUGUGACCUACGUGCACAAUUCGAAGACCACUACCGUGUCUAUGAGCAUCCCCAGUCAGCCUCAACCAUCGACAAGCAGCAUCGGUGUGUCGCCGUCCGGGAUUAACAAAGCGCUACGGAUACCGGGUGCUUCAUCAGGACCUAUCGGUGACCGACGUUCGCUAAUCAAGAAUCAUCGGACGUCUACCGGGAGCGGCAUAUCUGCCAGUACCAUGGUAUCCGCCUCAUCAUCGGCUAAUUACGCCGCUAAACAAAACAUUACCAGCACAGUGGCAAGUGGCACGAUCAACGGUAAUGUUAAACCGAUGAGCGCCAACAGCAAUGUUCCUACCAAUAUUAUUUUAAGGAAAAAGUCCAUUCAUAAGAUCACGCCGAUGCGUCCACCUAUACCGCAAAAUAUGCAGAAUACGCUUCAUGAACAUGAGCAACUGUUACGGGAACAGAUCAAGAGGCAGCAAGUCGAGCGUCAAAGGCAACACGAAGUACGUAACGUACCCGGCCGGUUGGCAUCUAUGAUUCGUGCCCGACACGAAGGUUCACCGAUCAUGCACUCUGCUGGGACGACGGCAAAGCAGCCACUUGCCAGGCCAAGACCGGAUACUAACGCACCAGCUAUUGAUGCUUCGUUGAUCGAUUUGACGGAGGAGGAUGAUGGUCCGAAGAAGCCAGUGCCACCAGCCGGUACGAACGCUGUUAAUAUCGGACCGAAGCCUUCUUUCGAUCGCAACCAACAGAAUGGUGUAGUUCGGCCGAUGGCGAAAUUGCCUAACGCAAUGACGGUGCGCAGCACUGAACAAUCGACUACACAACAAUCACGCACUUCAGGUGCUGCACUAAAUGGAAGCGGAUCUGUUGGACAGCCAGCUACCAAAAAACCACCAAUCAAUCCGGCCCAGACGCGAUCAGUCGUCGUUGUGAACUCCGACCGUACAAAUAAAGAGAUGGCUGCAAGACGCCGUUUCGGAAGGCAUCCGGCACCACCGCCAGAAGCUGGCCCUCAACCCACCAAUUCGCCCUCAUCACUACCGCUUCCACGUCCCUCAAUACGCAUUAACAAUAUCGAAACGGGCAUCGUAAUAUCGUGGACAAUGGACCAAACGCCGCUGUACGCCACAGCGGAACGGUACCAGAUCUAUGCGUAUCAGGAAACCGCCGAUCCACCGUCGACCGACAUGUGGCGGCAUGUUGGCGAUGUGAAUGCGCUCUCUCUGCCGAUGGCCGUCACGCUGACAGAUUUCCACGUGGACCAGCGAUACUAUUUUGCGGUACGCGCAAUCGAUGUUCACGGUCGCACUGGACCGUUCAGUGAAACCAGGACCUGGAACGAUCGUUCCCUGAAUUCAGCAGCCAACAGUCAACAGCAAAAGGACUAGCCUGCUAUAAAGUAGUAGUAAAUGUUAUCGUUUAUUUAUAAAUGCUUUUCGCGAUUCGCCUCUCCCUGGAACGAAGGAUACACUUCUCAUUCGCGAUAUUUAAAAAUUUGUUCUAGAUUCAAAGGUAACUGGUGGAAUUUGAAUGCGGGGGGAAUCUUAUUCUCCAUCGAUUAGCAAGUAUUGUAUAGAAGAAAUAGUGUAUCAUUAAAUCCGCCAUCCAGGUUUAGUUAGCAGGGCUCCGUUGUUGUGCUCUUUGAGAUGAAUUAAAUAAACAAAUUGAUA